CCCAACGGAGCUCUCUCUGUCAGCCCAACACCCCAACAGUGAAGACCUUCCAGGUGGCGGCUGAUGUGUAUGAGCGGAUGGAAAACCUUCCUCCGGGACCAACCACGGAGUUACCGCCCAACACUGACUUCUAUGCCGGGGCGUAUGCAGCCAAAGUCCAGCUGCCCUAUCAGUCCAUACCUGGCAAGACCCCCCGCAAGAUAGAGAUCGAGAGACGGAGAAAGGAGUACAUGAAACUCGACAUAGAAAAGCUCCUGUCGGAAAAGGGCAUAGACGCUAUGCACCUUAUGCCUGUACAUCAAAGCAGUGGUAGUGAGGACCAUGUGCAGAACCCAAAUCAACCUGGCCCGCCUGCGUCAAACUAUCUACCCUUGGAGGUGUUUGACAAUGAGGAGUUUGACUGCCGUACGCCGGCUGACUGGCUGGCUCUGGGCUGUGCAGAGGUCUCUUCUGAGCGGAAGCCUGUCCCAGCUCGGGCGCUGCUGCCCACCGACGACCAGCCUCCACCAGAAGAGCCUGACAGCCCCAGUGGCCCCCACAGCUGGCAGGCGGUGGGGGUUCUGGCCUACAGCCAGGAGAAAGGCCGGUACCUGGUGCAGAAGGCAGAUCAACACGGCCGAUUACGGGAGCAGCAGAUCACCCCCUUUCUGAACGGAGGGGCCGGUGACGAUGUCCUGCCAGAGGCUGGGUUCUGGGUGCCCCGGAUCCGGCUGCUGUUCACCGCGGAGGACCCUCGGGGGUUUGCCGAGCGCGUGCAUUGGGCCCAGCGUGCGAGGGAGAAGGCGGAGGCCAUGAUUCUGUACGGCCUCUCGGUGGACUGCAUGCCUGUGUGGAGCGGGACGGGUGGGACGCCCUCCUUGGACGCGGCCACUCUGCAGCACAUCUCGGCCGACGCCCUCUCCACGCCUGGACUCAGAGGGAGGACGCUGCAGGAGUGUGUGAAGAGGCUGGAGGUGGAGAUGAAGCAGGAAUAUGAUCACACCAUGAACCGCAUCACCUUUGAGAAGGUGGUGAGGAGUCACCCAGAAGAGUUUCCAAACAUCACGCUGCCGCAGCCACAACCCUGGCCAGUACCAAGCAAAGGCUGUUGGUCUCUUCCUGAUUAUCCCUUCAAGAAGAACCGAGCUGUAUUUGUCGUCAGCUGUCUGCUGACCAAACCUGAGGUGAUCGGCGCUCUGUCCGAAGUAUGCGCUCAGUGCAACCGCCUGGGCACCAUGUGUCUCUUCCACAUCACGUUCAGCAGGCCGGUGCGUCUGGAAGCCUUCGAGCUCAUCCAGUCUCAGAUGCGUUCACAGGUCUCUCUGUUCCUCCGGGAUACCUGGGUGUCCACGCUGUGUGAAAACAUCAGCUCCAAGCUGCGCUCGAUGGGCCCCGGCUGGUACAACCUGGAGGAGUCGUGCUGGGAGGUGUACAGGAUGUCCAAGCUGUGUCGCCUGCUGUCCGUGGUGCGCUACAGGCUGCAGGACUCGCUGCGUUUCCUCGUGCAGGGCUCACUGCAGGGCCUGGCCCAGCUGGUGCUGGACAGCUGCCACUGUGUCCAUGCUGCUCCUCCAGAACUGGUCUGGGGCAGCGACCUCAUCACCAGCCCGUACAGGCCCAAGAAGAAUCCCCUCUUCCUGGUGGACCUGGUUUUGGAUCAAACCGGAGUCCACUACAGCACCCCACUGGAGGUGUUUGGAAGCUCUGUCAUCAACCUGUUUGACAAAGGCAUCAUGGCCACACACAAUGUGCCACAGCUCGACAAGUUUGUGAUGCAGCAGAUGUUCUACAGUGGGGUGCCGCUGCUGGAGUCGGUUGGUUUGUGGGAACCGGCGGUGUGUGAGCUGAGAGACCAGGUCAGCGCGGCCCUGAGACAGGCCUGUGGACCCCUCAGGGCCUAUGCUGCUGAAUACGAGCAGUACCUGGAACUGCACAACUCAGACUUAGAAAGCCUGCUCUGGGCUCAGAAGCAGGUGGCGCAGACAGCGCAGGAGGUGAAGAAGGAGGUGCUGGAGAUCCUGAAGGAGAAGAAGAGGCUGGAGUCCUCCUUGCCCUCCCUCAUUGUGAUCGGUCCGUUUGCAGUCGGUGUGGACAGCGUGCGCCAGGCUCUCUCUAAGAAGCGGAAGGCCCUGGCUAACGGCAUGAUAGACCAUCUUACCUCUACGCUACGCAAGCAGGUCGACCUGGCCUGCGAGCAGUGCAAGGCCAUCAGCAAGAAGCUGAAUGAGAAGCCCAACACCAUCGAGGAACUUACUGAACAAAGAGAGUGGAUGCAGCAGAUCCCUGACCUGCUCAAGAGUCACCAGGAGGUUCUGGAGAAGGCCCUGUCGGACUACGACCUGGUGGAUGAGUUCUACUGCAAUCUGUCUAAGGAGGAUUUCAACGCAAAGUGGGCCGCCAUCGGCUGGCCUCAGAAGAUCCUGACCCAGAUGGAAGAGGCGGCUGCCCAGCACUUAGAGGACGAGCAGAGCUUCCACAAGAUCCAGAUGGUGGACCAGAACAACUUCCAGGAGAGGCUGGACUCACUGCAGAUGUUGGUGGCUGGGUUUUCUGCCCACACAGACGUUGGGCGGGCCCAUGAGACAGCCAAUGAGGUGAGGCGUCUGGCCAAACAGAUCCAGGAGUCCCAGGUGAUGGCCCAGACGUACAACAACCGGGAGCGUCUCUUCGGGAAUCCCAUCACAAAUUACGACCGGCUCCAGAAGCUGACCAAGGACUUCCAGCCGUUCAGGGACCUGUGGGCCACCACGUCCGACUGGCUGCGCUGGCACGACAGCUGGAUGAACGACCCGCUGGGCGCCAUCGACCCCGAGCUGCUGGAGCGCAACGUGAACCAAGCCUUCAAGAGCAUGCACAAGUGUGUGAAGCAGCUCAAGGACGUCUCCGACUGCCAGGCGGUGGCGGUCGAAAUCUGCGACAAGAUCGAGGACUUCCGGCCCUACAUCCCCCUGAUCCAGGGCCUGAGGAACCCGGGGAUGAGGAUGCGCCACUGGCAGCAGCUCUCGGACGACAUCCAGAUGAACGUGAAGCCCAAGGCCAACCUCACCUUCUCCCGCUGCCUGGAGAUGGGUCUGCACAACCACGUGGAGGAGAUAGCCAGCGCUGCCGAGGGGGCUGGGAAGGAGUACGCCAUCGAACAGGCUCUUGACAAGAUGGAGAAGGACUGGUCCACGGUGGCAUUUGAUAUAGUGGCCUACAAGGACACAGGCACCUACGUCCUGAAGAGCCCCGAAGAGGCGUCCCAGCUCCUGGACGACCACAUCGUCAUGACCCAGAGCAUGUCCUUCUCGCCCUACAAGAAGGCUUUUGAGGAGCGCAUCAGCAGCUGGGAGAGCAAGCUCCGCAUGACACAGGACGUGAUGGAGGAGUGGGUCACUUGCCAGAACUCGUGGCUCUACCUGGAGCCCAUCUUCAGCUCGGAUGACAUCAACCGGCAGCUUCCUGUCGAGGCCAAGAGGUACCAGAGCAUGGAGAGGAUGUGGAGGAAGAUCAUGAAGAGCGCCUUUGAAAACAGACAGGUGAUUGAGGUGUGUCCAAAUGCCCGUCUGCUGGACAGCUUGAGGGAGUGUAACAAGCUGCUGGAGCAGGUCCAGAAGGGGCUCAGUGAAUACCUGGAGACUAAGAGAGGCGCCUUCCCCAGGUUCUAUUUCCUGUCGGACGACGAGCUCCUGGAGAUCCUGUCCCAGACCAAGGAUCCUACCGCCGUGCAGCCCCACCUGCGCAAGUGCUUUGAGAACAUUGCUCGGCUGAAGUUCCAGGCAGACCUGCAGAUCACCCACAUGUACUCCGGGGAGGGCGAGGAGGUGGAGCUGCUGCAGCCCGUGAGGCCCAGCGGGAACGUGGAGAACUGGCUGAGGGAGGUGGAGAGGUCCAUGAAGGCCAGCCUGAGGGACAACAUCCACCGCUCCCUGCUGGCCUACCCUGAGCAACCCCGAACCGAGUGGGUGUUGUCCUGGCCGGGCCAGGUGGUGAUAGCCGGCUGCCAGGUGUUCUGGACCACUGAGGUCUCCGAGGCCCUGGAACGGGGAGACCUGUCACAUCGCCUCUACCCUGAGCUCCAGACACAGCUGGGGGACUUGGUGCAGCUGGUGAGAGGCGGUCUAUCCAAGAUGCAGAGGGCUGUGCUCUCGGCUCUCAUCGUCAUCGAGGUCCACUCUAAGGAUGUGGUGGCCAAGCUGGUGGAGGAGGGCGUCUCCAGCGUUAACGACUUUGAGUGGAUCAGCCAGCUGAGAUAUUACUGGGCCAAAGAGGACCUGUAUGUCAGGGCAGUGAAUGCAGAGUUCCUGUACGGAUACGAGUACCUGGGCAACUCUGGGCGUCUCGUCAUCACCCCUCUGACCGACAGGUGCUACCUGACCCUCACCGGAGCACUCCACCUGAAGUUUGGGGGGGCUCCCGCGGGCCCGGCUGGGACGGGAAAGACGGAGACCACCAAGGAUCUGGGCAAGGCCCUGGCCAUUCAGACCGUGGUGUUCAACUGCUCGGACCAGCUGGACUUCAUCGCCAUGGGCAAGUUCCUUAAAGGACUGGCCACCUCUGGGGCCUGGGCGUGCUUUGAUGAGUUUAACCGUAUCGACGUGGAGGUGCUGUCUGUAGUCGCACAACAGAUCACCACCAUACAAAAGGCACAGCAGCAAAGGGCGGAGCGCUUUGUUUUUGAGGGGGCCGAGAUCCCCCUUGUCCCCUCGUGCGCCGUCUUCAUCACCAUGAACCCUGGUUAUGCUGGCCGCACCGAACUACCUGACAACCUCAAGGCCCUGUUCCGGCCCAUGGCUAUGAUGGUUCCUGACUAUGCUAUGAUUGCAGAGAUCUCUCUGUACUCGUUUGGCUUCAGCAACGCCAAAGUCCUCUCCAAAAAGAUCACCACCACCUUCAAGCUCUCCUCCGAGCAGCUUAGCGCUCAGGAUCACUAUGACUUUGGCAUGAGAGCCGUGAAGACUGUGAUCUCAGCUGCUGGAAACCUUAAGAGAGAGAAUCCAGACAUGGAUGAGGAGUUGAUCUGCCUGCGGGCCAUCCGAGACGUCAACGUCCCCAAGUUCCUUCAGGAUGACCUGAAGCUCUUCAACGGUAUUGUGUCAGAUCUGUUCCCGAAGAUCAAGGAGGAGCCCGUAGACUAUGGCGCCCUGGAGGAAUCAAUACGCAACGUCUGCAACAAGAGGAACCUCAAAGAUGUCGAUGGAUACAUCACCAAGUGUAUCCAGCUGUACGAGACUACAGUGGUAAGACAUGGCCUGAUGUUGGUGGGGCCAGCUGGAUCAGGCAAAACCAAGUGUUACCAGACACUAGGAGCUGCCAUCACAGCCCUCAAGGGACAGCCGUCGGUGAGCGGUGGUGUGUACGAGGUGGUUCACAUCUUCGUGCUCAACCCGAAGUCCAUCACCAUGGGGCAGCUCUACGGGCAGUUUGACCCGCUCACACAUGAAUGGACUGACGGCAUCCUUUCCUCCCUGAUCCGUGGCGGGGCGGUGUCCAUGAACGAGGAGAAGAAGUGGUACAUGUUCGACGGGCCCGUGGACGCUGUGUGGAUCGAGAACAUGAACACGGUGCUGGACGACAACAAGAAGCUGUGUCUCAGCUCCGGGGAGAUCAUGAAGCUCACCGAUGUGAUGACCAUGAUGUUCGAGGUGCAGGACCUGGCCGUGGCAUCUCCAGCCACCGUGUCUCGCUGCGGCAUGGUGUACCUGGAGCCCAGCAUCCUGGGCCUGACGCCCUUCACUGAGUGCUGGCUGCGGCAGCUCCCCGAACCCCUCCGAGCCCACACAGAGCAGCUCAGCUCCCUCUUCACGGCCUUCCUGCAGGACUCCAUCACUUUUGUGCACGAGUCAGUGAAGGAGGUCAUCGCCUCAACGGACAGCAACCUGACCUGUAGCCUUCUGAACCUGAUGGACUGCUUCUUCAAACCGUUCGUUCCAAAAGAGGAUGUGAAGCCCCCUCCCCAGCAGACACUGAGCCGCCUGGAGGAGCUGAUCCAACCCUGGUUCAUAUUCUCUCUGGUGUGGAGCAUUGGAGCCACCGGAGACGGGGGCAGCCGCCAGCGCUUCAGUGCCUGGCUCAGGGGCAGAAUGGCUGAGGAGAAGAUGGAUAUGUGUUUUCCAGAGGAAGGCGUGGUCUAUGAUUACAUGCUCGAUGAUGCAGGGAUCUCUAACUUUGUGGAUGGACAUGAGGAUGACCAAGAGAGAAAGGUGCAGUGGGUGGGCUGGAUGGAAUGCACCCCCAACGUGGUCAUCGACAAAGAGACAAGCUAUUCUGACAUAAUCGUUCCCACACUGGACACUGUGAGAACGUCAUUCCUGCUGGACAUGCUCUUAGCAAACAGGAAGCCUGUCCUGUGUGUUGGUCCCACCGGCACAGGGAAGACCCUGACCAUGUCAGACAAGCUGCUCAACAACAUGCCCGCUCAAUACGUCACACACUUCCUCAAUUUCUCGGCCCGCACUUCAGCCAAUCAGACUCAAGAUUACAUCGACAGCAAAUUGGACAAGAGACGUAAGGGUGUUUUCGGGCCUCCGCUGGGCAAGAGCUUCAUCAUCUUCAUCGAUGAUCUGAACAUGCCCAUGUUGGAGACCUACGGCGCCCAGCCUCCCAUAGAACUGCUCCGCCAGUGGAUGGACCACCGAGGCUGGUACGACAGGAAGCAGAUAGGAACCUUCAAAAAGGUGGUGGACAUUAACUUUGCGUGUGCCAUGGGCCUGCCCGGAGGUGGACGCAACCCGGUAACGCAACGCUUCACGCGCCACUUCAACAUGUUGUCCCUCACCCAGAUGGAAGACGCCAGCAUGAAGACCAUCUUCUCUACCAUUCUAGGGAGCUGGAUGGACUCUCUCUCCCUCUUCAUCUCUUCGUCUCUAUGUUAUUCACCAGUCCCUGUCCCGACCCUCCAGCCCCUGAACAGUCCUCUGGUAGAUGCCACGCUGAAGGUCUACUCCACCAUCACCUCUCAGCUCCUGCCAACACCCGCCAAAUCCCACUACACCUUCAACCUGCGGGACCUGUCCAAGGUCUUUCAGGGCGUGCUGAUGGCCGAGGCCUCCUCCGUAGAGGACAAAGUGCAGCUGCUCCGGCUCUGGUACCAUGAGAACUGCCGGGUGUUCCAGGACCGCCUGGUCAGUCCCCAGGACAGGGACUGGUUCGACCGGCUCCUGCAGAGCUGCAUGGAGGAGCUGGGCUGCAGCGUGGAGGAGGUGGUGCCCUCCAGGCCCGUCCUGUACGGAGACUUCAUGACCCCCGGCACGGACAACAAGGUCUACGCACCCAUGGACAACCAGGAGAAGCUGGUGCGCGUGAUGGAGGAGUACAUGGAGGACUACAACCAGGGCAGCACCAGCAAGAUGAGGCUGGUGCUGUUCAUGGACGCCGUGCAGCACGUGUGCUGCAUCAGCCGCAUCCUGCGCCAGCCGCUGGGCAACGCGCUGCUGCUGGGGGUGGGGGGCAGCGGACGGCAGUCCCUCACCAGGCUGGCCUCCCACAUCUCGGAUUAUGAAUGUUUCCAGAUUGAAUUGUCUAAGAACUAUGGUCAGACUGAGUGGAGGGAAGACAUCAAGGGCAUCAUGCUGAAGGCCGGCCUGACCAACCAGCAGAUCACCUUCCUGUUUGUAGACACACAGAUAAAGAGUGAGUCGUUUUUGGAGGAUGUGAACAGCAUCCUGAACUCCGGAGACGUGCCCAACCUGUACGCGUCCGACGAGCAGGAGCGGAUCCUCAGCUCCAUGAAGCCGGUGGUGCAGAACGCGGGCCAGCAGCCCACCAAGGCCAACCUGAUGUCCGCCUACAUCAAGAGGGUCCGCAGCAACAUCCACACAGUGCUUUGUAUGAGUCCCAUUGGGGAGGUGUUCAGGGCCCGUCUCAGGCAGUUCCCCUCCCUGGUGACCUGCUGCACCAUAGACUGGUUCAGCGCCUGGCCCCAGGAGGCGCUGCAGUCUGUGGCCACCUCCUUCCUCAACGAGCUCCCCGAGCUGGAGGCCAGCCCCGCAGCCAUGAUAGGACUGACCUCCAUGUGCGUGAGGAUCCACCAGACGGUGGCGACCAAGUGCGGGCAGUACCUGGCCGAGCUGUCACGCCACAACUACGUCACGCCCAAGAGCUACCUGGAGCUGCUCAGCGUCUUCUCCUCUCUCAUUGGCCGCAAGAAGCAGGAGCUCCACAGCGAGCGGCAGCGCAUGAAGACCGGCCUCGACAAGCUCCUCAGCACGGCCGACGACGUGAGCAAGAUGCAGGAGGAGCUGGAGAACAUGGGGCCUCUUCUGGAGGAGGCAGCCAGAGACACCGAGGCCACCAUGCAGCAGAUCAAGGAAGACACGGUGGUGGCCGAGGAGACGCGCACGGCCGUGCAGGCCGAGGAGGCCAAGGCCCUGGAGAAGGCCCGGGUGGCAGGCGCCAUCGCGGCGGACGCCCAGAAGGACCUGGACGAGGCCCUGCCCGCGCUGGACGCCGCCCUCACCAGCCUCAAGUCACUCAACAAGAACGACGUCACGGAGGUGCGUGCGAUGCAGCGCCCUCCACAUGGUGUGAGGCUGGUGGUGGAGGCGGUGUGCAUCAUGAAGGGCAUCAAGCCCAAGAAGGUAGCAGGCGAGAAGCCAGGAACCCGGGUGGACGACUACUGGGACCCGGGAAAAGCUCUGCUCCAAGACCCGGGCAAGUUCCUGGAUGGCCUCUUUAAGUUCGAUAAGGAGAACAUUCCAGAUUCUGUGAUCAAGCUGGUGCAGCCGUACAUCGAUAAUGAGGAGUUCCAGCCAGCCUCAAUCGCCAAGGUGUCCAAGGCCUGCACCUCCAUCUGCCAGUGGGUGCGCGCCAUGCACAUGUAUCACUUCGUGGCCAGAGCUGUGGAGCCAAAACGGCAAGCGCUGCAAGGCGCCCAGGAGGACCUGGAGGCCACCCAGCUCAUCCUGGACGAUGCCAAGGCCAAGCUGUCUGUGGUGGAGGAGGGCAUCACCGCCCUGCAGGCCAAGUACCACGACUGCCUGGCCAAAAGGGACGAGCUGCAGGCCAAGUGUCUGCUGUGUGAGGGCCGCCUGGUCCGAGCAGACAAGCUGAUAGGAGGACUGGCAGACGAGAAGGUGCGCUGGAAGGAGACGGUGAAGCACCUGGACUACAUGGUCAACAAUGUAUCCGGAGACGUGCUGCUGUCUGCGGGCUUCGUGGCCUAUCUGGGGCCCUUCACUGGGGAGUACCGCGCAGCCAUGGCGGAGGAGUGGCUCCAUGGCUUCAGAGAGCUCAGCGUCCCUCACACACAAGAGCCCAGCCUCAUCAGCACGCUGGGAGACCCCGUCAAGAUCCGGUCCUGGCAGAUAACAGGCUUGCCCAAGGACAGCCUAUCGGUGGAGAAUGGGGUGAUCACCCAGUUCUCAGCGCGUUGGCCUCUGUUCAUCGACCCACAGGGACAGGCCAACAAGUGGAUCAAAAACAUGGAGCGGGAGAAGGGAUUGGAUGUCAUGAAGCUCAGUGACCGGGACUUCCUGCGCAGCCUGGAGAACGCCAUACGCUUCGGGAAGCCCUGCCUGUUGGAGAACGUCGGGGAGGAGCUGGACCCUGCUCUGGAACCCGUUCUGCUGCGCCAGACCUAUAAGCACCAGGGGACCACCAUGAUGAAGCUGGGAGACACGGUCAUCCCCUACCACCACGACUUCAAGAUGUACAUCACCAGCAAGCUGCCCAACCCCCAUUACUCCCCCGAAGUCUCCACCAAGGUCACCCUCAUCAACUUCACCCUCUCGCCCAGCGGGCUGGAGGACCAGCUGCUGGGCCAGGUGGUGGCCGAGGAGCGAGCCGACCUGGAGGAGGCCAAGAACCAGCUGAUCGUCAGCGGCGCCCGCAUGAGGCAGGAGCUGAAGGACAUCGAGGACCAGAUCCUGCUCCGCCUCAGCUCCUCUGAGGGGAACCCCGUGGACGACGAGGAGCUCAUCAGGGUGCUGGGAGCCUCCAAGAUCAAGGCUGCAGAGAUCCAGGCUAAAGUGACUGUUGCCGAGGCGACGGAGAGGGACAUCGACGCCACGCGGCAGGAGUAUGUGCCGGUGGCGGUGCGCACCCAGAUCCUGUUCUUCUGCGUGUCGGACCUCUCCAACGUGGAUCCCAUGUACCAGUACUGCCUGGAAUGGUUCCUCAGCAUCUUCAUCGCCGGGAUCGCAAACUCUGAGACCGCAGACACUGUGGAGCAGAGGAUCGUCAACAUCAACGACUACUUCACCUUCAGCCUGUACAGCAACGUGUGCCGCAGCCUGUUUGAGAAACACAAGCUGAUGUUUGCCUUCCUCGUGUGCGCGCGCAUCAUGAUGAACGACAACAACAUCGACAUGGCCGAGUGGAGCUACCUCCUGUCAGGAGGCAUGCCGAGCCAGGAGCUGGCUAACCCGGCGUCAGACUGGCUGUCGGAGCGUGCCUGGCAGGACGUCCUGUCCCUCAGCGCCCUGCCCAGCUUCAGCGGCCUGGUCCACAGCUUCCCCACACACACGCAGGACCUCAAGACGAUGUUCGACAGCAGCCAGCCCCACAGGGAGCCUCUCACUGGGCCGUUGGGCAGCACGCUGACUCCGUUCCAGAGGUUGCUGCUACUGCGCUGUCUGAGGGCCGACCGGCUGACCCACGGCCUGCAGGACUUUGUGUCCUCCCAGCUGGGACAGCGCUUCAUAGAGCCACAGACCUCAGACCUGGCGGUGGUCUUCAAGGACUCCUCCCCCUCCACCCCCCUCAUCUUCGUCCUCUCCGCUGGCACCGACCCCGCCGCAGACCUCUACAAGUUUGCCGACACCAUGAAGUUCUCCAAGAAGAUGAAUGCCAUUUCCCUGGGCCAGGGCCAGGGCCCCUGGGCGGAGGCCCUGAUGCACAGCGCCAUGGAAACGGGUAAAUGGUCGUUCCUUCAGAACUGUCACCUGGCGCCAAGCUGGAUGCCCUCCCUGGAGAGACUGAUCGAGAACAUCCAACCGGAUAAGGUGCACAGAGACUUCCGUCUGUGGCUCACCAGUAUGCCCAGCAACAAGUUCCCCGUCUCCAUCCUCCAGAACGGCUCGAAGAUGACCAUCGAGCCCCCCCGGGGGAUCAAGGCCAACCUGCUGAAGACCUACCUGAGCCUCACCGACGACUUCCUGAGCUCCUGCUCCAAGGCUCAAGAGUUCAAGUCGCUGCUCCUCUCUCUGUGUCUGUUCCACGGCAACGCCAUCGAGCGCAGGAAGUUUGGCCCCCUGGGCUUCAAUAUCCCCUACGAGUUCACAGACGGCGACCUGCGCAUCUGCAUCAGCCAGCUGCACAUGUUCCUGGACGAAUACCAAGACAUCCCAUACAAGGUGCUGAAAUACACUGCGGGCCAGGUCAACUACGGUGGCCGCGUGACAGACGACUGGGACAGGCGAUGCCUCCUAAACGUACUGGAGGACUUCUACUGCCCUACCGUCCUCAACCCCGGACACCUCUACACCGUCUCCGGGGACUACCGGCAGAUCGACACCCAGUUGGGGAUCCAGGACUACCUGGCCUACAUCCGCAGCCUGCCUAUCAACGAUACGCCGGAGAUAUUUGGUCUCCAUGACAACGCCAACAUCAGCUUCGCCCAGAAUGAGUCCUUCGCCCUGCUGGGAGCAGUGGUUCAACUGCAGCCGCGAGCCGCAGCCAGCGGGGGCAGGGCUCAGGAAGAGAUCGUGGAGGAGAUUGUGUCUGGGAUUGUGGAGAAAAUUCCCAAGCCUAUCGAUAUCCGGGAGGUGCUGUCCAAGUACCCGGUCCUCUACGAGGAGUCGAUGAACACUGUGCUGCUCCAGGAGGUGAUCAGGUAUAACAAGCUGCUGGCGGUCAUGUCCCAGACCCUGGGUGACAUUGUGAAGGCUCUCAGGGGCUUAGUGGUGAUGUCCUCUGAACUGGAGCUGAUGGCCUGCAGCCUGUUUAUCAACGCUGUGCCGGAUGUGUGGAUGGCCAAGGCCUACCCCUCCCUGAAGCCUCUGGCCUCCUGGGUGGCCGACCUGCUGCAGAGGGUCGGCUUCAUGCAGUGCUGGAUCGCUGAGGGCCCCCCCGCCGUCUUCUGGAUCUCCGGCCUCUUCUUCCCCCAGGCCUUCCUCACCGGGACGCUGCAGAACUACGCCCGCAGCUCCCGGCUCUCCAUAGACACCAUCGGCUUCACCUUUAAGGUGAUAACUACCCCAGCCUCUGACAUCGUGGCGCUGCCGUCCCGGGGCUGCUACGUCCACGGGCUGUACCUGGAGGGGGCUCGCUGGGACUCCCACACCGCCCAGCUCGCCACCUCCCGGCCCAAGGAGCUCUACAGCGAGAUGGCCGUCAUAUGGAUGAUCCCCCAGGCCGACUGCAGACCCCCGAUCAGCGGGGUCUACAUCUGCCCCAUCUAUAAGACCCUCACCCGGGCGGGCACCCUGUCCACCACCGGUCACUCCACCAACUACGUGAUGGCGGUGGAGCUGCCGAGCGAGCGGCCGCAGAAACAUUGGAUUAAGCAGGGCGUGGCGCUCGUCUGCGCCCUGGACUACUGA